UGUUUCAUUAGUCAUAUGAGUUGCCAAUAUUCAAGACAACACCUAUUCGAUGGCAAUACAGAUGAUACUCAUGACCACAAACAGACACACGACGGACAUAUGGCCAUAAACCCGGGUAAACACCACUUCGGGCGCAGUUAUGCCUUACCCGACACCUCAUCCCCACACCACAUACACGAUCAUAAUGAGCAUAUGGGACACCAGCACCGACACCAUUCAUCGACAUCCGAACAACACCUAUUCGAUGGCAAUACAGAUGAUACUCAUGACCACAAACAUACACACGACGGACAUAUGGCCAUAAAUCCGGGUAAACACCACUUCGGGCGCAGUUAUGCCUUACCCGACACCGCAUCCCCACACCACACACACGAUCAUAAUAAUGCAUAUGGGACACCAGCACCGACACCAUUCAUCGACAUCCGAGUCUCCAUCAGUCCAUAA